AUGCAGAGAAAUUACGACACAUUUGGCAUUUCGGCAGAAAUCGAACCAGCGAAAAUAUCGCCCAAAACCGACGGAGUGGAAAUUACUUGGAGCGACUCGCAUAAAAGUUACUACCCCUGGGCAUGGUUCUACGAAGCCCUCACUGCCAGCAGAAGCAAUCACCCAAUGGCACAAAACGAAAAGAAACUGUGGGGUGCCAGCAUCGCAGAGAAUCCCCCGGAAGUUCCGUUUGACUCCGUUGUAGAAGGCAAGGGCCUGAACGGCCUGGCGGACCUGACAGACAAAAUUCGCGCAUAUGGCCUCUGCUUCGUGACAAACACCCCUGCGACGCCUGAGGCUUCAGAAAAGCUGCUGGAGACGAUUGGGCCAAUCCGAAAUACUCACUACGGCGGGUUCUACGACUUCAUUCCUGAUCUUGCCUUGGCUGAUACGGCGUACACUAACCUGGCACUCGCGGCUCACACCGACACAACCUAUUUUACCGAGCCGGCUGGCCUGCAAGCAUUCCACCUGCUCUCGCACACGCCUCCCCCGAACCAACGCCCGGAAGAGGCCCUGGGCGGUCAGUCACUGCUUGUGGACGGCUUCCACGCCGCGUCACUGCUCAAGCAGGAGUCGCCCGAAGACUACGAAACGUUGCGUCGGGUCAAGGUGCCGUGGCAUGCAAGCGGGAACCAAGACGUAGCGAUUGCUCCGGACCGUGCAUAUCCCGUGAUUGAGGGAGACUUGGCCUUGCAUCGGAUUCGCUGGAACAACGAUGACAGAGGCGUGAUUCCACUGGACGUCGACGUCGAUGCGUGGUAUAAGGCUGCGCGCAAGUGGAACGAGAUUCUGACGCGCAAGGAUAGCGAGUACUGGUUCCAGCUGACGCCCGGGCGAAUGCUGAUCUUUGACAACUGGCGAGUCCUUCACGGGCGAAGCGCGUUUGAGGGCCUGAGACGCAUCUGCGGUGGCUACAGUAAGUGA